GAGCAGUCCAGUAUAAAGAUGAGUGGCCGUGGUAAAGGAGGUAAAGGUCUGGGUAAAGGAGGCGCCAAGCGCCACCGCAAAGUCCUUCGUGAUAACAUCCAGGGAAUCACCAAGCCCGCCAUCCGCCGCCUGGCUCGCCGCGGCGGAGUGAAGCGUAUAUCGGGUCUGAUCUACGAGGAGACCCGCGGUGUCCUGAAGGUGUUCUUGGAGAACGUGAUUCGUGAUGCCGUCACCUACACCGAACACGCCAAGAGAAAGACCGUCACCGCCAUGGACGUGGUGUACGCCUUGAAGAGACAGGGACGCACCCUGUACGGCUUCGGCGGUUAAACUGAGAAA